CCGUCGGAUGACCGUUUGCUUCAGCACAAAGUGUAGUUGAAGCCACGUUGGCGGCGGUGCGCGCAAACACCAACCAACAACAACCACCACCACCUGCACUGCAAACCCCCCUUGACCGACCUUCUUGCCUUGCUUGCUUGCUUGCUUGUUGUUGUGGUCCAUGUCUGCGACGUUGGCGGGCGACCUUCUGCUGACACGACAGGCGGGGCCGACGCUACCCUUGUCGUCGCCAUCGCCAUCGACAUCCAGCACUGCUUCUCCAGCAACGCGCCGUCGUCAGCAAGUCCUCCAAUACCAGCAGCACCAGCGCCAUCACCACGCCAGCAUGAAGGGGAGCUCCAGUGCAUCUAGCAGCGGCGAUGCAAGCAGUCGGACGUCGCCAAGGCUGCCACCUCCCACCUCUGUCCACCCAGGACCCCCAUCCUCCUCACCCAAUUCGCUCGUGAACAGCCUGCGAAAGCACUGGUUCCUGGUUGGCCUCGUCGCGUCCAUUCUUUUCGCUCGCGCAGCGCCCGACCUUGGUGCCAAAGGAGGACCUUUGAUGCCGGAGUACACCGUCAAGUAUGGCGCCGUGUUCCUCAUCUUCUUCAACUCUGGCCUCACCCUCAAGACAGAGGAGUUGAAGAAGGCAGCCAUGCAGUGGUCAGUCCACACCAUGAUUCAGGGUUUUACUCUUGGAGUAGUUCCUCUCUUCAUGUCCUUUGUUGUUGCCGCCCUUCGAGGCCUUGUUGACUGGAAUCCAGCAAUCCUCACAGGAUUGUCUGUACUGUCGUGCCUGCCCCCACCUGUGUCCUCCGCCGUCAUCCUGACGUCUGCUGCUGGCGGGAACGAGGCGGCCGCCAUCUUCAACUCUGCAUUUGGCAGUUUCCUCGGCAUUGUCGCCACCCCGCUCCUCCUCUUCACCGUCGUUGGCCAGUCUGCGGGUGUUCCCGUGGAGAAAAUCUUCAUGUCGCUGACAGCAACAGUUGUCGUUCCACUCAUCCUUGGCCAGGUCGUUCGGUUCAAGGCGUGGACAGCCAUAAAGCCUCUCAACAUCCCGUUCUCUACCAUCAGCAGCUCUGUCCUCCUCCUCAUCAUCUACUCCACAUUCUGCCAAACAUUCAAAGGUAUCUGUCGCUGCACGCUCUGA